AACCUUCAUCGGUCUUCUCGACAGCUUCAUAUUCCUCAUAAACUUUUUACAGCUAACCUCCACUUGAUUUCUUCGUCAAUUCAAUCAGGUUUUGAUGUGUAAAGGUUCGAAGGGUAAAUUUUGUUCCACAAAUUUAGUCAUGGAGGGAGAUAAAAUUCAAGAAAAUAAAAAUGGGUUCUUCUUGAAAUGUUCGAUUUUACUGGAAUUAGCAGCCAUCGAUGAUGUUGCUGGGUUCGUAUUCGAGGUAGAAAGGAAGGGGAUGAGCUUAGAUGAAGUCAGUUUUUGGUAUGGAAGAAGAAACGGCUCUAAAGGAAAGAUGGGGUUCGAAGAACGAACUCCGCUCAUGAUUGCAUCCGUUUAUGGAAGCACCCACGUCUUGAAAUAUCUGAUCGGAACCCAAAAGGUGGAUGUCAACAAAGCUUCCGAUUCCGACGGCGCCACCGCCCUCCACUGCGCUGCCGCAGGUGGGUCUCCUAUGUCCGUCGAAACCGUCAAACUUUUGCUUGAAGCCUGUGCCGAUCCUAAUUUAACCGACGACAACGAUAACAAACCGGUAGACCUGAUUGCUCGUGGCAUCAAAUCCUCCAAACGGAAAGCUCUGGAGAUGUUGCUGAAGGGUCUAACGAUCGAAGAGGGAAGCGACAAGGAAGAAAGUGAAGAAACGGAAAUUAUUACGGCGAAGAAAGAAUACCCGAUUGAUGUAUCGUUGCCGGAUAUAAACGACGGUGUUUAUGGUACCGAUGAAUUUAGGAUGUAUAUGUUCAAGGUGAAGCCAUGUUCCAGAGCUUACUCUCAUGAUUGGACGGAGUGUCCGUUUGUUCAUCCCGGCGAGAACGCACGGCGGCGUGAUCCGAGGAAGCACCAGUAUAGCUGUGUGCCAUGCCCUGAGUUUCGUAAAGGAAGCUGUGUAAAAGGAGAUGCCUGCGAGUAUGCACACGGGGUGUUCGAAUCUUGGCUUCACCCAGCUCAAUACAGGACUCGUCUUUGCAAAGAUGAAACUGGGUGUGCAAGAAAAGUUUGUUUUUUUGCUCAUAAAGUCGAAGAGUUGAGACCCUUGUAUGCUUCUACCGGUUCAGCUGUUCCAUCUCCGAAAUCAGGUUCUGUUAGCUCUAUGGAAAUGGGUUCGAUGAGUCCUUUGGGUCUUGGUUCAACUCCACCCAUGUCACCUUCUAUUGCUCCGGUGAAUGGGAAUAUGUGGCAGAACAAGUUUGUUCAUUUGACGCCACCGGCGCUGCAACUUUCCGGCAGCCGUUUGAAGACGUCUUUAAAUGCUAGAGAUUUGGAGAUGGAGAUGGAGAUGGAGAUGCUUGGAUUGGAGAACAUAAGAACUCAACAGCAACAAAGGCAGCAAUUGAUUGACGACUUAUCUAAUAAUCUUUACAAUAACAGCAAUAGGUUUGGGGAAAUGAAACCAACUAAUCUUGAUGAUGUUUAUGGAUCUCUUGAUCCAUCAAUUUUAUCUCAAAUCCAGGGGUUGUCUCCAAAGGUAUCAUCCCCAUCAGGUCACCAGCAAAUCCGACAGAAUUCGAACCCCCUCCGAUCAUCCUACCCAACGUCCAAUUACCCAUCUUCUCCGGGGAGAAAACCCACAACCUUCGGGUUCGAUUCAUCGGCUGCCGUGGCUCAGGCCGUGAUGAAUUCAAGAUCUGGUUCGUUUGCUAAACAACGUAGCCAGAGCUUCAUAGACCGUGGUGCAGGAGCCACCAUGAACCUUCGGUCAAUGAACCAGUCUUCCACUUAUUCCGAAUGGGGUUCGCCUGAUGGGAAGCUGGAGUGGGGGUUCAAUUGCGAAGAGGCUAAUAAGCUUAGAAGGUCGGCAUCUUUUGGGUUCAGAAGUGGUAACAAUGGUUCACCACCCAUGAAGGGAAAUCACGAGGCAGAUGGUUCGUGGGCAGGGGCUGGGUUGUACAGUUCAUCGGAAAAGGUUCCACAGUGGGUCGAGCAGAUGUAGAUAGAGGAGGAGCAAGUGAUGGCAUGAAGAUCAAAAUCUGUCGUUUUGCCAUCAUCGUAAUUCUUUGAUAAUUCUUGAUUACAUAAUAUUUGAUUAGACGAAGAAAGAUGAAUCUUGAUUAACUUUACAACACAAACAAGUGGAGUUUUUUUUUAUAUUUUUAAAUAAUUUGAUGUAAUUUGUUCUUCAUAAUUCCUAACUGGAAUUUGAUCUUUUAUUUAUUGGCUCAACAUUUUGUAACGUCAAACCGAUGGCUUGAUGAGUGUGAUGUCAGAUUAUGAACAGGUCCAAAGGACAAGCCGGUUUGGUCCAUGCUCCUGUCCUUUAUUUAAA